CAAAAAUACCGCGCUCGCCUGUUGUCAUGGAAACGUAAACUUGGUGUUUAUGAAAUGAAAUUGUUUACUUUAGAAAAUUUUGCUAUUAUUUCUUAAGUUAUCAGUACUUAUCUGAAAAAAAAUUAAAACUAAUGCUGUUUGGAUGAGCAGGGUGCUGGGAUAAGUACUAGUACCAUAAUCACAUCAUGGCAGCAGCAGAGAAAGAAGACAUAGAUCUACGUUUAGAAUUUUUAUCAGAAUACAUCCUUAGAUCACUUAAGCAGAAAAUAGAUAAAUGGUCAAAGUUUAUAACAGGCGAAGAGAGGCAUUUAUUAUUUAGGUUUUUUGAGACGCCAAAGCAUGACAUCAUAGUGUUCCGUAUGAACACUGCGGGUCUCCUGACUGCAUCCUUAGGUUUUCCAGCUAUGAGCAGAGGCAAAAUGAUUUACUUUCUAAGAAGAGAACCUGAUAUAAUAAAGAAUAAUAAUUUUCGUGAGAUCCUAACAAUCGGUGAGCUAUCAGGCAAUGUGCUGCAAGACCUGGCGGUUCUGGCUGACGAGGUGGUGGGGCCGAUGCUGUGCAACCCCGACAACCAGCGCGGCUGGCCCCGCGUCGUGAAGCUCGACAUGACCAGGCAUGUCAAUGAACUGAGGAAUCUGAUGCACCAGCUGAAAGGUGAAAUGACGAGUCAGGUGAUGCUGCCCAUUCCUGCAGGAGUGGAGGACAUAUUUCAGGCAGACGUCCGACUGAAAGAGACCGAUGGUGAAGAUGUGGACCUGAAUCUAAAAACUAAUAUUGAAGGAGCCGUAAUAAAGUGGGCCCAACAAGUGCACGAUCUGCUGCAAGAGGACUCUUACAUAGCAUUCAAAAGGACCAAGUUCCCUCUGCCCGAGGCUGACCUGCAGUUCUACGCCAACCGGCUGAAGAAUCUGGAGGGGAUCUACGGGCAGCUGCGGGACCCGCGCGUCAAGCGCAUGGCGCACUACCUCGAGGACACCCGGAGCGUGUAUCUGGACUGCUUCAAGACCAUGCUCACUAAUGUUGUUGCUGCGAUAGUAGAGUCCCGCGACAUCUACAUCUACCAGCGGCCGCUGGUGCCGCACCUGGAAGCCCUCGAGGCCACGGACUUCCUGGAGGCGCGCCCGCUCAUCCGACCACUGUUCCAUUGCAUUGGACUGCUGUGGGGGAACUCGAGGUACUACUGCAGCGUGGAGAAGCUUAUACCGUUGCUGCGCGAGGUGUGCAACCUGGUGAUCCAGCAGUGCUCGGCCGCCGUGGACCCGCCCUCGCUGUUCCAGGGCGAGCCCGACGAGCAACUGCUCAAGCUCAGGAAGGCCAUGUCUAUAUUGGAGCACUUUGUCGCAACAUACGAGCUGAACCGCGACAAGGUCCACACGUUUUUCCCGGCGGGCGCUCUACCGGUGCGCUGGGCGUUCGACUUCGACCGCGUGUUCAUGCGCUUCAACACGUACCUGAAGCGGCUGAGAAUGAUCGAGAACAUCCUCGAGGCCACUGUCGAGAUACUCAAGCUGGAGAAGGUGGAGUUCUGCGGCUUGAGGGGCAAGACGCUCAGUGCUGAGUGUAUCAAGAUCCUAGACGACUACCAGCUGGACUACACGCAGCUCGGCAACAUCACGUACGACCCGGCGGACCCGGAAGACGCCAGCUUUGACGAGGACUACCGGAAACACAUGCGGGUGUUGGGGGAUGUGGACCGGAAGCUGGCCUCGCUGUUCGCGCAGGGGCUGGACCAGUGCCACAACUUGGAGCAUUUCUUUAAGUUCUUCCAAAUAAUCGGCGACCUGUUCAAGCGGCCCAUCAUCAGGGACGAGCUGACGCCGAAGCUGCCGCGGCUUCUGGACCUCAUGCACGCAAAUCUGGAUGCUGUCAAGGAGAUAUUCGAUGAGGAAAUGGCCAAGCUGACGAAGGGUCCGGAGCGUCCGAUGGUGGACCCGUACCUGCCGCCCGUGGCCGGCGUGCUGUGGUGGCUGCACAAGCUGCGCACGCGCAUACAACUGCCCAUGGACGACUUUCUACUAUUUGAGGACCCCAUAAUCGAAACAGAAUACGCGACGUACCUGAAACAGAAGCACGCGGAGAUGCUGGGCUACCUGAACGCGCUGGAGGACAAGACGUUCAAGGCGUGGUGCGCGACUGUACCGGGCAUAUGCAAGACGCAUCUCGCCAAGAAUCUCAUUUAUCGGGACCCGCCGUUUGUCAGGCUCAACUUUGCACCUGAGCUGGUGAUGCUGCUGAAUGAGAUAAAAUACAUGAAGUAUUUGGAUAAAGAAGGAAUACCGGCUGAAGGUCUCGAGCUGUACGCACGCAAUGAAAAGUUGCAGUACGACCUGAACCGCCUAAAGCGCGCCAUAGCGUGGUACAACGCGAUCCGCGAGGGCAGCCACGCGACGGAGGUGGCGCUCAUCGAGCGGGAGAUCGAGCUCAUCGACCAGCUGCUGGGCCGCGGCGUCGAGGAGCUCACCUGGAACGAUGACUUUACCGACUGGAUGGCGGAAGUGUACCAAGCCAUCAACGAUCUCCAAGAGCGUGUACUAAAAGCUCAAGAGAACAUGAAGCGAGGCGUGUUCAACAUCGGCAAGUGGGCCGACAUCCCGCUGCACAAUCGCAAGGAGAACCCGCAGAAACUAGAACUGUUGGCCGUGCAUGAGAGGCACUAUCGGUUCUGUAGGAGACGAGAUGUGAUUCGGGACAGUCACAAAGAGUUCCAAGAUAUACUAAGAGAAAAUUAUAAGCUGUUUUUCAAUAUCAAGGACGAUGAAGAGGAGGAAGACGAAAUCCCAGAACUAGAGGAGGUAGACGAAGAGACCCUCAGUGACGAGGACCGGGCCGCUCGCGCCGCUAAACAAGCAGAGAUAGACGCUCUUAAGGAGGAGAGACGCCUUGCCAGGGAAGAGAGACAACGGCAGAAGCAGGAGAUACUGGCAGCCAAGAUGGAGAGACGAGAGGCGAGGAGGGUGAAGAGAGAGGAGAAGCUGGCCGCCAAGCAAGAGAGGCAGGAGCGGAGAGAUGCAGGUGAAGAAGUGGACUCUCCGGCUGAGGAAGUAGAAGACUACAGUCCAGAGGAACUGGCUGAGAUAGCGGAGGAGGCGCAAGAGAAUGAGGAGGAGGCAUUCCGGGCGGAACGUUGGCCCGCCUACGUCAAGUAUGUCGACUCACUGGUGUCAGAACAAGUGAUGAAAGCCAUCGACACCAGCCUGAGCUUGUUCGAGGUGCAGACCAGCCUGACCAAGGGCCCCAACGCACCGUUCAUGGAGGUUGUGGCGGAGCUCAAAGACCCGGACAUAUUCUUCAGUCCAUCGCUAGACGACGACGAAGUUGGCGGUCUCUACAACACGCUGCAGGAGAUGAUGAAGGACACGUUCCUGCAGGCCACGCUGUUCCACCGGAUCGACCCCGUCGUGCCCAUCGCUACAUAUGAAGAUGACAUUGCUGACCAAAACGACUUGAUCGACAAAUAUCACGAUGUCCUGAAGAGGGUUGAGAACGCCGUCAAUGAUAUCAUCCAGUAUACCACGAAAUACGAGACCUACUCACACUUAUGGCUGGAGGACCGGCAAGAGGCUCUGCAGGGCUUCCUCAAGUACGGGCGCGUCAUCACCGCCGAGGAGUUCGACAAGUACCGGUUCGAGAUGGGCGAGGAUCCGCCCGAAGUCAAGCCCAAGCUUGAAGAGUAUAAAAAAGAGAUUGAUAAAUACAACGCCCUCUAUGAUGAAGUAUCUGCGCUCCCAGUGGACUAUUUAUCUGGUGGUUGGCUACAACUGAACCUGAGGCGGCUGAACCAAGCCAUCCUGAACGUCAUUGGCAAGUGGAGCAACCUGUUCAAGGAAAACCUCAAAGAGCAUGUGCAUAAGAGCCUCGACGACCUAGAACAGUUCAUCGAGUACGCAGUGAAAGAACUAUCAGUGGACCUGCAGGAAGACGACUACGACGGCCUGCUCAAGGUCAUGGGCGUGCUCAACGAGGUUAAACUCAAGGUCGACGCGGGGACGGACCUCAUGUUCGAGCCGCUCAGGGAUAUCAUGGAUGUCCUGAAGGAAUAUGGAGUGGAGUUCCCUGAAGAGACUUAUGAGCAGUUGGACGUGCUACCAGAGAAGUGGCGCAACCUGGUGCGGCUAGCCACCGUGGUGAAGAACACCAUAGCGCCGAUGCAGGCCGCGCACGCCGCGCUCAUCGCCAAGCGGGUGGCGCUGAGCAACCUGCGCCAGUCCAUGUACCGUGACCAGUUUAAGAACAAGGAGAUAUUCCUCGAGUCAUGCAAAGAACCGUACAGGAAGAUAGACAUGGUGAACCAGGAGCUGCUGGCGUUCGAGAAGCAAGCGGAGGUGCUGGGCCACUCGGCCGGCCUGUUCGACAUACAGCCGCCCGACACCAAGCAUCUGAAGGCUUGCAGGCGAGAUCUGAAGCUUAUUAAGCAACUAUGGGACUACUACCAGCUAGUGAACGGCACCAUCGAGUUCUGGAAGAAGUCUCCGUGGAAGAAGAUCGACGCGGACGGCAUGGACCAGGAGUGCAAGCGCUUCACCAAGGACCUGCGACAGCUCGACAAGGAUAUGCGGUCUUGGGAGCCGUACGCAUCAAUAGAAUCCACGAUAAAGAACCUGAUGACCUCUCUGAGAGCCGUCACCGACCUACAGAACCCAGCCAUGAAGGACAGACAUUGGGUCGAGCUCAUGAUGGCUACCAAGGUGAAGUUCAGCAUCGACGACGACACAACCCUGGCGGACCUGAUGUCCCUCAAUUUGCACAAAUAUGAAGAGGAAGUGAAGACGAUCGUCGACAAGUCUAUCAAAGAAGCCUCUAUGGAGAAAACACUCAAGGAACUGGAGGCGACGUGGGCGGCGAUGCAGUUCGACUACGUGCCGCACGAGCGCACGGGCGUCAAGCUGCCGCGCGCCAGCGAGGAGCUCAUCGAGAUCUUGGAGGAGAACCAGAACCAAGUUCAGAAUAUGAUGUCGUCUAAAUUCAUCGGCUUCUAUGAGAAGGAAGUGAGCGCUUGGCAAAAGAAACUCGGCACCGCCGAUGCCGUCAUACAGCAGUGGUUUGAGGUACAACGCAAAUGGCAGUACUUGGAGAGUAUCUUCGUAGGGUCCGACGACAUUCGAGCACAACUCCCAGAAGAUUCCAAGAGAUUUGACGGCAUUGAUAAAGAUUUUAAGGAGCUACUCCGAGACAUAGGCACGACUCCCAACGUGAUCCAAGCGACCAACAAGCCGGGUCUGCUGGACAAACUGGAUGACCUCAUGAAGAGCCUCAACAUGUGCGAGAAGGCGCUCAAUAACUACCUGGAGACCAAGCGGCUCGCCUACCCGAGGUUCUACUUCGUGUCGUCAGCGGAUUUGCUCGACAUCCUCUCGAACGGCAACAACCCGCCGGCGGUGUGCCGCCACCUGCCCAAGCUCUACGACAGCCUGGCCAAAUUGGUGUUCCCGAGCGCAAGCAGCAAGCUCGCCUUCGAGAUGAUCUCCAAGGAGAACGAGGAACACGUGCCGUUUAAGGCGCCGUGCUGCGAUUGUUCUGGCAAGGUGGAAACCUGGCUGAACCGCGUGACAGACUGCAUGCGCUACACUCUGCGCGACAUCUUCGAGCACUGCGUGAAGUCGUACGAGGAGAAGUCUCGCGACGAGUGGGUGUUCGACUGGCCCGCGCAGCCCGCGCUCGUCGGCACCCAGAUCUGGUGGACCACCGAGACUAACCAGGCGUUUGGGAAGCUGGAGGAAGGCUACGAAAACGCACUAAAAGACUACCAAAAGAAGCAGAUAGCGCAACUGAACGCCCUAAUCGUGCUUCUACUGGGCGACCUCACUCCGGGCGACCGACAGAAGAUCAUGACCAUCUGUACUAUAGACGUGCACUCGCGAGACGUCGUCGCCAAGCUUAUAGUUGCUAAGGUCGAGAACUCCAACGCAUUCCAGUGGCAGAGCCAGUUGAGACACCGCUGGGACUCGGCGCAGAACCACUGCUACGCGAACAUCUGCGACGCGCAGUUCCUGUACGACUACGAGUACCUCGGCAACACGCCGCGCCUCGUCAUCACGCCGCUCACCGACCGCUGCUACAUCACGCUCACGCAGAGUCUUCAUCUGGUGAUGGGCGGCGCGCCCGCCGGCCCGGCCGGGACUGGAAAGACAGAAACGACCAAAGACCUGGGGCGAGCGCUCGGCAUCAUGGUGUACGUGUUCAACUGCUCCGAACAGAUGGACUAUAAGUCUUGCGGGACUAUCUUCAAAGGUCUAUGCCAAACCGGGGCAUGGGGCUGCUUCGACGAGUUCAACCGGAUCGCCAUAGAGGUGCUCUCAGUGGUGUCGGUGCAAGUGAAGAGUGUGCUUGACGCGCUGAAAGCCAAGAAGAAGAAGUUUGACUUCAUGGGAGAGACCAUCCCGCUGGUGGGGACUGUUGGCAUGUUCAUUACGAUGAACCCAGGGUAUGCGGGGAGAACGGAGCUGCCUGAGAAUCUGAAAGCUUUGUUUAGACCGUGUGCCAUGGUGGUACCGGACUUCGAGUUGAUCUGCGAGAUCAUGCUGGUGGCCGAGGGCUUCCAGGACGCCAGGCUCUUGGCACGCAAGUUCAUCACAUUGUACACUCUAUGCCGAGAAUUACUCUCUAAGCAAGACCACUACGAUUGGGGACUGCGUGCAAUCAAGUCUGUACUUGUGGUGGCUGGAUCGUUAAAGCGCGGCGACCGCCAAAGGCCCGAAGACCAAGUGCUAAUGCGAGCGCUCCGAGACUUCAACAUUCCGAAGAUAGUGACGGACGACACGCCGAUCUUCAUGGGUCUCAUAGGAGACCUGUUCCCCGCGCUGGACGUGCCCAGGAAGCGAGACCUGGACUUUGAGAAGAAUCUCAUAGACGCGGCCUUGUCGAUGAAGUUGCAGCCGGAACCAGGGUUUAUAUUGAAGAUGGUGCAACUAGUAGAGUUGUUCGCAGUGCGGCAUUCAGUAUUCAUCGUCGGUUUUGCGGGCACUGGCAAGUCUAUGGUCUGGCAGUGUCUGAACAGAACUUAUCAGCAAUUAAAACAAAAGCCGUACUACAACGACCUAGACCCAAAAGCCGUGACAAACGACGAGCUAUUCGGCGUGAUCAACCCGGCGACGCGCGAGUGGAAAGACGGCCUGUUCUCGGUGAUCAUGCGCGACAUGGCCAACAUGGCGGGCGACGGGCCCAAGUGGAUCGUGCUGGAUGGGGAUAUUGAUCCUAUGUGGAUCGAGAGCUUGAAUACACUUAUGGAUGAUAAUAAGGUGCUAACCCUGGCCAGCAACGAGCGUAUAGCCCUGACCAAGUCGAUGCGGCUGCUGUUCGAGAUCGCCACGCUGCGCACGGCCACACCGGCCACGGUGUCGCGCGCCGGGAUCCUGUACAUCAACCCGCAGGACUUGGGGUGGAACCCCUUUGUAGCGUCCUGGAUAGAGACAACCCGCGACGACGAGUCCGAGAAGGCGAUGCUGACAGUGUUCUUCGACAAGUACAUUCCGCCAUUACUCGAGUCGUGCAAGAAGUACAAGCGAAUCACGCCGCUGACGGAGCUGCAGCAGAUCCAGCUCACGUGCUACCUGCUCGAGUGCUUCAUGAAUAAGAAUCUGCUGCCGAGCGAUUGUCCUAAGGAAUGGUACGAAACCUACUUCGUGUUCGCGGCGUGCUGGGGCUUCGGCUCCGCCCUGUUUCAGGACCAGUUGGUCGACUGGCGCAGCGAGUUCAGCAAGUGGUUCACCAACGAGUUCAAGUCCAUCAAGUUCCCGUCCACAGGCACCGUGUUCAACUUCUACAUCGAUCCGGAGACGAAGAAGUUUCUACCGUGGUCGGAGAAGAUUGAGCCGUUUGAUAUGGACCCCGAUCUACCGUUGCAGUCGUGCCUAGUCUCCACGGCGGAGACGACGCGCACGCGGUUCUUCAUGGACCUGCUGGUGGCGCAAGGGCGGCCCGUGAUGCUGGUGGGCGCGGCCGGCAGCGGCAAGUCCGUCAGCGUCGCCGCCAAGCUCAACUCGCUGAGCGACUCGUACGCCGUCACUAAUGUGCCGCUCAACUUCUAUACUACUUCUGAAAUGAUGCAGAAGAUCCUCGAGAAGCCGCUUGAGAAGAAGUCGGGUCGCAACUACGGCCCGCCCGGCAGCAAGACCAUGAUCUACUUCGUGGACGACAUGAACAUGCCUGAAGUAGAUGCGUACGGCACGGUGCAGGCGCAUACGCUCGUGCGGCAGUUCUUGAACUAUGGUCAUUGGUAUGACAGACAGAAGCUGACAUUGAAGGAGGUUGCUAACUGCAUGUUCGUCUCCUGCAUGAACCCCACGGCCGGCUCCUUCUCUAUAGACCCGCGGCUGCAGAGGCAGUUCUGCACUUUUGCUAUCAGUUUCCCCGGAAUGGACGCAUGCUUCCACAUCUACAAGCAGAUCCUGACGCAGCACCUCGGGAACUCCCUCAACAGGUUCCCAGUGGUGGUGCAACGCUACGUAGAGAACAUAGUGACGUGUGCGCUCGCUCUGCACACUAAACUGUCCACGACGUUCCUGCCUACAGCCAUCAAGUUCCAUUAUAUCUUUAAUUUGAGGGACUUGUCUAAUAUCUUCCAGGGAAUGCUAUUCACGACGGGCGACGCCAUCAAGGUUCCCUCAGAUCUGAUCCGCCUCUGGACCCAUGAGGCGACGCGGGUGUACUCCGACAAGCUGGUCUGCGCCGAGGAUAAUGACACCUUCGGGAAACUCGUCGCGGAAGCUAUCAAGAAGACUUGUGAGGACUACGAUGAAAAGAUAGUAUUCGAAAAGCCACUAAUAUACUGCCACUUUGCUGAGGGUGUGGGAGAUCCCAAGUACUUCCCUAUUCACGAAUGGCCUCAACUCAAGAAGUUGCUCGACGAAUCUCUCUCCAGCUACAACGAUCUUGUCGCUACCAUGAACCUGGUGCUGUUUGAAGACGCCAUGUACCAUAUUUGCAGAAUCAACCGCAUCCUCGAGGCGCCGCGCGGCAACGCACUAUUGGUCGGAGUAGGUGGCUCCGGCAAGCAGUCGCUAUCGCGUUUAUCAGCCUUUAUAUCUUCACUGGAAGUAUUCCAAGUGCAACUAAGGAGGGGCUACAGUAUUAACGACCUUCGAGCUGAUCUGGCCGGCCUCUACAUAAAGGCAGGCCUCAAGAGCAUCGGCAGUGUGUUCCUCAUGACGGAUGCUCAGGUCGCGGAGGAGCGGUUCCUGGUGCUCAUCAACGAUCUGCUGGCCUCAGGAGAGAUCCCAGAUUUGCUGGCUGAUGAUGAGCUGGAAAAUGUUAUCAAUGGGGUCAGGGGCGAAACGAAAGCAACUGGUGUUCAGGAUACGAGGGAAAAUUGCUGGAGAUUCUUUAUCAACCGUGUGCGGACAAUGCUGAAGGUGGUGCUGUGCUUCUCGCCGGUGGGCGACAAGCUGCGCGUGCGCGCGCGCAAGUUCCCGUCGCUCGUGAACUGCACGGCCAUCGACUGGUUCCACGAGUGGCCGCUGGAGGCGCUGCGGUCUGUCUCCAAGCGGUUCAUUAGGGAGGUUGAGUCGCUGCCGCCGGAACUAGUGGACCCCGUCUCCGUGUUCGUGUCACACGUCCACCAGAGCGUCAACAAAAUGUCUGCCGUAUACUACCAGAACGAGAAGCGGUACAACUACACCACGCCCAAGACUUUCCUCGAACAGAUCGCGUUGUAUGGGAAACUCCUCAAUGAGAAAACUAAGAACUUGAAGACCACGAUAUUUAGGCUCGAAAAUGGGUUGCUGAAGCUAGCCUCGUGUGCUGCUGAUGUCGAAGUUUUGAAGGUGACACUAGCUGAACAAGAGCAAAUACUGAAAGUGAAGAAUAAGUCUGCCGAAGACCUGAUAGAAGUAGUUGGAGCCGAGAGUGACAAAGUGUCCAAGGAGAAAGCUUUCGCCGCGGAGGAAGAAAAGAAAGUGAAAGUGAUAGAAGAAGACGUGACAAUCAAAGCAAAGAUUUGCGCCGAUGACUUAGCAAAGGCCGAACCAGCGUUGAUAGCGGCCCAAGAGGCUCUCAACACUCUGAAUAAGAAUAACUUGACAGAGUUAAAGUCUUUCGGGUCCCCGCCCGAAGCUGUAGUGAACGUUACGGCAGCGGUUUUGGUGCUAUUCUCUAAAAAAGGAAAAGUACCUAAAGAUCGCUCUUGGAAAGCUUGUAAGAUGCUGAUGGGCAAAGUUGAUCAAUUCUUGAAUGACCUGGUUUAUUUUGACAAGGAGAACAUUCACCCUGAUGUCAUCAAGGCGAUACAACCCUAUAUCAAGGACCCCGAUUUCAAGCCUUCGUUCAUAAUGUCCAAGUCCUCCGCGGCCGCCGGCCUGUGCGCGUGGGUCAUCAACAUCUGCAAGUUCUACGACGUGUAUGUGGUGGUCGAGCCGAAGAGACGCGCUCUGAACGCGGCCAAUGCCGAACUGAAGGCUGCCAGGGAUAAGCUCGCCUUCCUUACUGAGAGGAUUAAGGAACUAGAAGAGAAGCUGGAAGUGCUGUUGAAUGCAUUCCAAGAGGCGGUGAAUGAGAAGAUGAAGUGCCAAGCGGAGGCCGACGCUACCACCAACACUAUCGAUCUUGCCAAUCGACUCGUCAAUGGACUGGGCUCCGAGAAGAUCAGGUGGUCCCAAACGGUGGUGAACCUCAAGGAAUCCGGAGUGACGCUCCCGGGCGACGUGCUCGUGAUCUGCGCGUUCAUCUCGUACGUGGGCUGCUUCAUGCGGCGCUACCGCGUGCAGCUGCUCAAGGAGGACUGGCUGCCCACGCUGGCCAAGAGCAACCCAAAAAUCGAGACAACCGAGGACCUAGACCCUCUAUCCAUGCUGACGGACGACGCGCAGGUGGCGGGCUGGAACAACGAGGGGCUGCCCACGGACACCAUGAGCACGGAGAAUGCCACCAUAUUGACUAAUUCCGCGCGCUGGCCGCUCAUGAUCGACCCGCAGUUACAAGGCAUAAAAUGGAUCAAAAAUCGCUACGGAGAGUCUCUCAUAGUCGUGCGACUGACCCAGCGCAACUACUUGGAGCGCAUAGAGCGCGCCGUGUCUCAUGGAGAGAUAGUGCUGCUGGAGAACAUCGGCGAGUCCGUGGACGCCGUGCUGGACCCCCUGCUUGGACGAGUGCUGAUUAGGAAGGGGAAGGUGCUCAAGAUCGGCGACCGCGAGAUCGACUUCCACCCGUCGUUCCGGCUGAUCCUGCAGACGAAGCUCGCCAACCCGCACUACCAGCCCGAGAUGCAGGCGCAGUGCACGCUCAUCAACUUCACCGUCACCAGGGACGGUCUCGAAGAGCAACUCCUAGGCGCAGUUGUGAAAUGUGAGCGACCGGACCUAGAAGCUCUUCGCUCCGGCCUCACGAAGAUGCAAAAUGACUUCAAGAUUACCCUCAAAACACUUGAAGAUGACUUGUUGAAACGCUUGGCUUCAGCAGGGCCGGAUAUACUCAGUGAUUCAGCGUUGGUGAUUAAUUUGGAGACCACGAAGAAGACGGCGGCUGAUGUGGAAGUGAAGGUUGAGGAGUCCAAGUCGACUGCUGUGAAGAUUGAUGAGGCUAGGGAGCGAUAUAGACGAGCGGCCACCCGCGCAUCCCUGCUCUACUUCAUCCUAAACGACCUCUACAAGAUAAACCCGAUGUACCAGUUCUCCCUCAAAGCCUACAGUGUAGUGUUCACGGACGCCUUAGCCAAGGCCGAGCCGGCUGAAGACUUGGAGACCAGAGUCAGGAAUCUACUGGACAAUAUCACCUUCGCCGUGUUUGUGUAUACGUCGCGAGGAUUGUUUGAGAAGGAUAAACUAGUGUUCCUGUUCUUGAUUACUUUGCAGAUCCUCCAAGACGAAGGCAAGAUAGACCAGCUCGAGCUAGACUUCCUGCUCAAGUACGCAGUGGCCCCUGUCACAUCGCCGCUGCCGUGGCUGACGGCCGCGGGCUGGGGCGGCGUCACCGCGCUCUCCAGGCUGGAGGCCUUCGAUGGCCUGGACAAGGAUAUAGAGGGCGCCACUAAAAGGUGGCAAAAGUACACGGAGGGCGAGGCGCCAGAGCGAGACAAGCUCCCGGGCGAGUGGAAGAACAAGACGGCGCUGCAGCGGCUCUGCAUCAUGAGGGCAUUACGGCCUGAUCGCAUGACUUAUGCUUCCAGCGCAUUCUGCGAAGAGAACCUCGGCACGAAGUUCGUGGAGGCGCGCACGCCGUCGCUUGAGAAGUCGUUCGAGGAGAGCACCGCCACCACGCCCAUCUUCUUCAUACUGUCGCCCGGAGUUGACCCCCUCAAGGACCUAGAAAAACUAGGCCGCAAGCUGGGCUACACAUCCGACAAGAAGAACCUGCACAUGGUGUCACUAGGACAGGGGCAGGAGGUGGUGGCGGAGGAGGCGCUGGGCGAGGCGUCGCGCGCCGGCCACUGGCUGUUCCUGCAGAACGUGCACCUCGUGGCGCGCUGGCUGCCCGCGCUCGAGAAGAAGAUGGAGGAGGUCAUGGAGCACCCGCUGCCGACCUACAGGUUAUUCCUGAGUGCGGAGCCGGCGCCGGACGCGGUGUACCACAUCAUCCCGCAGGGCAUCCUCGAGUCCGCCAUCAAGAUCACCAACGAACCGCCCAGCGGCAUGUGGGCUAAUCUACACAAGUCGCUGGACAACUUCAGCCAGGAGACGCUGGAGCUGUGCAGCAAGGAAGCCGAGUUCAAGGCGGUGCUGUUCUCGCUGUGCUACUUCCACGCCGUCGUGGCAGAAAGACGCAAGUUCGGACCGCAGGGGUGGAACAGAGUAUACCCCUUCAACUUCGGCGACCUGACCAUCUGCGUGUACGUGCUAUACAACUACUUGGAGGGCAACGCGCGCGUGCCGUGGGAGGACCUGCGCUACCUGUUCGGGGAGAUCAUGUACGGGGGCCACAUCACCGACGACUGGGACCGCCGCCUGUGCCGCACCUUCCUGCUCGAGUACAUGCAGCCUGAGCUGGUGGACGGCGAGCUCCAAUUCGCUCCCAACUUCAUAUCGCCCCCCAACUCAGACUACGCCGGCUACCAUCAGUACGUGGACGACUUCCUGCCGGAUGAGACGCCGUAUCUCUACGGACUGCAUCCUAAUGCUGAGAUCGGAUACCUGACUAAUGUCUCGGAGAGGCUGUUUAGGGUUGUAUUCGAGAUGCAACCUCGAGACGCCGGCGCUCAGGCCGGGGGAGGCUCUUCUAAGGAUGAUAUGGUGCGUAUAAUCCUAGACGACAUAGUAGACCGUGUGCCGGAGCCGUUCAACCUGCUGGAGCUGAGUGCUAAGAUCGAGGAGCUGACGCCCUUCACCAUCGUGGCGCUGCAGGAGUGCGAGCGCAUGAACCGGCUCAUGGGCGAGAUCAAGCGCUCGCUGAAGGAGCUGGAGCUGGGGCUUAAGGGCGAGCUGACAAUAAGCAGCGACAUGGAGAGGCUCAUGGAGUCUCUGUUCAUGGACAAGGUGCCGGAGUCGUGGAGCAAGCUGGCCUACCCGAGCCUGCUGGGGCUGGCCGCGUGGUUCGCCGACCUCUGUCUGAGGUUGACUGAGCUGGAGAACUGGUCUGGGGAUUUUGUGCUACCGCCAGCGGUAUGGCUGGCUGGCUUCUUCAACCCACAAUCAUUCCUGACAGCCAUCAUGCAGCAGACGGCGCGCAAGAACGAGUGGCCGCUCGACAAGAUGUGCCUCAACUGUGACGUCACCAAGAAGACGAAGCAUGAGUUCACGUCCGCACCACGAGAGGGCGCUUACAUCCACGGACUGUACAUGGAGGGCGCGCGCUGGGACGCGGGCGGCGGCGGCGUGGUGGAGGCGCGCAUGAUGGAGCUGUUCCCGCUGCUGCCCGUCGUCUACGUGAAGGCGGUCACGCAGGACAAGCAGGACACCCGGAAUGUGUACGAGUGUCCCGUCUACAAGACCCGUUUGCGUGGACCUACAUUCGUGUGGACGUUCAACUUGAAGACGAAAGACAAGCCGACGCGUUGGUGUCUCGCAGGAGUGGCGCUACUGCUUGGAGUUUAA